UGUUAUACACAAAUGAUAUUACUCGGUUUCUCUUCUAUAAAAUAAUCAUUGACACGAUGUCCAUGCCUCCUUAUGGGUAACGAUAGCUGUUGAUCGGCACUCCAUUGAAUCUAUUCCCACAACCUUGAAUUUAGAUGACAAUAAUAUUCUAUCUCAACAUCUCGAAGAACUGAAAGCUUGCCCGCGAACAUUCUUUCGGGGUCUAAGACACUGAAAGUUUAACCCAAACACUAUAUAACUAAACACGUGGUGCCGGUGUUUACCAAUUUGGCCAAGGACCUUUCAAUGAUGUAUCCGAUGUUGACGAUGCCGCCUACCACCCUACUUGAUGACCGUUUUAAACACUCAUGCAUCUUGGAACUACGUAAAGAAAAGUCUCGGGAUGCUGCCCGUUCUCGUCGAGGAAAAGAAAAUUAUGAGUUUUAUGAGUUGGCCAAAUUACUACCUCUACCAGCUGCCAUAACAAGCCAACUGGACAAAGCCUCCAUAAUUCGUCUCUCAAUCAGUUAUUUGAAGCUGCGUGACUUCUCUAGUCAUGGUGAUCCACCAUGGCAGAGAGAUGGAAUGCCUCCAAACAAAUCGGUUAAAGGGGGUCCUCUACGAAGACGGAAUAUGAAUGCUCUCGCCAUGGAAAUUUUUGAAACCCAUCAAGGGACUCAUAUACUACAGUCAGUUGAUGGAUUUGCUUUUGCACUUGCAAGUGAUGGAAGAUUCCUUUAUGUCUCAGAAACUGUAUCUAUCUAUCUUGGAUUAUCACAGGUUGAAAUGACUGGCAGCAGCAUCUUUGAUUACAUUCACCAACAAGAUCAUGGGGAAUUGUCGGAACAGUUAGGACUUUGUGUUCCACAGAACAACUGCACAUCCAACAGUGGAGGUGUACCAUCACCAGGUUCUAACUCUGAUGAGGGUUCGAGUACAAAUCAUUCCCGAUCAAUGACGCCUCCGCUUGGAGAACGCUGCCAGGUUAUGAACCCAUCACCAAGUAAAGGAGUGACACGAACAUUUUGUGUUCGAAUGAAGUCAACACUAACUAAAAGAGGAGUACAUGUAAAAUGUUCAGGCUACAGAGUUGUUCAUAUCAUGGCAUCUCUUCGUAGUCAUAUGAGUUUCCCUAUGGGCCGGAAACAUCCACCUUCACUCCUGGGAUUAGUUGGCAUGGCAAUAGCUUUGCCACCACCCACAAUUACUGAGUUGCGUAUUGACAGUGAUAUCUUUAUCACUCGACUAAGUCCGGAUUUUACAGUUCUCUACUGUGAACCAAUCAUUUCUGACAUGAUGGAUCUUACAGCUGAAGAUUUAACAAACAAGGUCUUGUAUGAAUUCUGUCAUGCCGGAGACUUACAGAAAUUACGCAAAUCUCAUGUAGAUAUUCUGUCAAAAGGCCAAGUAUGUACUGAUUACUACCGGCUAAUGAAUAAACAUGGAGGUUAUUGUUGGAUUCAAACAUGUGCUACAACCAUCUGUAAUGCUAAGAACUUGGAUGAUCAGAACAUUAUAGCUAUCAAUUAUAUAAUAAGUGGUUUGGAAUGUGGUAACUGUGUUUUUGACACAAGUCAGCUAAAGAAUGUAACUGGAAUGAGCUCAAACAGUAGCAGUCUCAAAGACCAAAUCAACCAAGAUACAGAUAUAGACUGUCGGAAAACAAAAGAUAAAAGUCAUAAAAAUGAUAAUCAAGGUGGAAUUAGCUCACAAUCCAUUUCCAUGAAACCCUCUUCUACAAUGUCUGCUAAUAAUCAGAAUAGUAUAGAAGGUCAUUAUGAUAAGCAGUCAGUGAGUCAAGAGUCUGAAGCUCUCUUUACAGGGGUACAAUCCAAAUUAUCCAACAAUAACAAUGACCAGAAUGAGGUCAACGACAACUGCUCCAUGUUUAUUGACAAAAGCAAUGAACCAAUUAAACUGGACAACAAAAAUUCAAGACGCAAAGCAGAAAAGCCAAGAAAGCGUCGUCGAGAAAAUGAAACCAUUGAAGAUAACUAUUUGGAGGAUGAAUUUCUUAGUGACCAUAAAGAUAUGGACAGUAAGAUCACUCGUCUCAUUAGUAGCAUUGAUGACAACAAAAAUAAUUCAGGGGAGAUGAAUCACAUAAAAUCAAAUGUGGCUAUGUCAAUGAGAAAUCAAGAGAAACUAACAGCUAACAUUUCAUCUCCAAUACCUGAAGACUUAUCAACAAAAUCAGUGACUAUAGUUCACUCUCCAGUUCAGAAUUCACAUUUACCAAAUUCAACAUCUAAUAGAGAUUGUACAUCAGAUUGGACAAAUACUGUUGAAAGUAACACUCCUGACUUCUCACACCAACACACCUCGGUUAAAGACUUAGAAGAUGUGAUGAACCGGCACCUGCCAACAAUUACAGAAAAUCCUGAUUCCAAUAUGAAUGGAGAAAUGAACAACCGUUAUCAGUCACGACACAAACCAACAAUACAAUGGAUUGGAUCUCAUCAGAAUGCAUCAGAUUCUCUUCCUGCCUCAAAUCUUCUGAGGUCAAUUUUUGCCAAUCGAGAAUCCGUCAUUCGAAGCAGUCGUCCACAAUGUUAUAAUGACAUUCCUGUAAGUAUGUUAACGCCACCUAGUGGUGACGGUGGCUAUAAAGAUCCAACAAAUGCAUCAAUGUCAUCAAUGCCAAAUGGAAGCAAGGCUCCUAUCAACCAAGAUGCACAGUACGCUGCUUCUACAUAUGCAUCCACUCCAUUAACCGUUUCUAUGUCUUGUAAUGCUAUGUCAGACUCUUACAGCAUCACACCCCCAUCUUCUGUCUCUCCUCAAGACAAAUUGCACUCACCCUUCACCGAUGUUAGCUAUGUGGAUAGUACCACUCAAUGUACAAGUCUUCCAGCCGACAAUUCUGCAAUCCAGCGUAUACCUGUCAAACCACAAGCUGGCUAUACAUUAACUGUCACCUCACCUCAAAACCUUGAAUAUGAUCAUACAAAAUCUACAGGAUUUCAAGCUUCUGGUCCAUACAUCCCAACAUCCUCAGAGUAUACCCAUUAUAGUCAUAUGAACAAUGGUAAUAAUACUCCUUCCUAUGACCAUAGUAGUCAUCGAUCUUCAGGACCGUGGUACUCAACUGCAUACACAAAUUAAUAAUUGGCAUUUAUUCAAACUUUACCCAGACAUUUCUUUAAGGUUUAAUGUAACAUUCUGUUGAUGAGCUUCCCACACAUUUCAUUAUUUUAAUAAAUAUGCAAAA